AUGAGUAAAAAGAAAGUAUCUUAUUUCUAUGAUAAUGAAGUAGGAAAUCAUUAUUAUGGACAGAAUCAUCCUAUGAAACCACACAGAAUUAGAAUGACACACAACCUUGUCUUAAACUAUGGAGUUUAUAAAAAGUUGCAAAUAUUUAGACCAAGAAAAGCAGUUGAGAAUGAUCUCACCAAUUUCCAUUCGGAUGAUUAUAUCAAUUUCCUAAGAUUGAUUACACCCGACAAUAUGAAUGAUUAUUCAAAGCAAUUAAUUAAAUAUAAUGUAAGAUAUGAUUGUCCAGUUUUCGAUGGAAUGUAUAACUUUUGUCAGAUUUCAUCGGGUGGAUCAAUUGGAGCAGCUAUCAAACUCAAUAGAAAAGACUCUGAUAUUUCAAUCAAUUGGGCAGGUGGAUUGCAUCAUGCCAAGAAAUCAGAGGCAUCCGGUUUCUGCUACACAAAUGAUAUCGUUUUAGCUAUUUUAGAGUUAUUAAAACAUCAUAAACGUGUAGUUUAUAUCGAUAUUGAUAUUCAUCAUGGUGAUGGUGUAGAAGAGGCAUUCUAUACUACCGAUCGUGUAAUGACAGUAUCUUUUCAUAAAUAUGGUGACUACUUCCCCGGUACCGGUGAUGUCAAGGAUUUAGGUGCUGGCAAAGGUAAAUACUACGCUUUGAAUUUCCCACUUAAAGAUGGUAUCGAUGAUCACAGUUAUCAAAGUAUAUUCAAACCUGUUAUGCAAGGUGUUAUGGAUUCAUAUAGACCAGAGGCUAUUGUUUUACAAUGUGGAGCGGAUUCUUUGACAGGUGACAGGUUGGGUGGAUUCAACUUGUCUCUGAGGGGACAUGCUCAGUGCGUCGAGUUUAUGAAGUCGUUCAAUCUGCCGUUGAUGAUUCUCGGUGGUGGUGGAUACACAAUCAAGAAUGUCGCUAGAUGUUGGGCCUAUGAAACAUCGAUUCUGGUGGAUCAGGAACUCUCUGACGAGCUGCCAUACAACGACUAUCUAGAGUACUUUGGUCCAGACUACCGACUUCACAUCACUCCCAACAACAUGGAGAAUCAAAACUCCAAAGAUUAUUUAGAGAAAUUAAAGAUUCAAAUUUUAGAGAACCUUAGACACUUGAAUCAUGCACCAAGUAUUGCACAUCAUGAUAUACCACCCGAUGCAUUCAACGAUUCCGAAGACGAAGAUGAUGAGGAUCCAGACGUUAGAAUUUCAGAGGCAGAGAGAGAUCGUCGUGUUCAAAACGCCGCAGAGUUGUCCGACUCUGAAGAAGAGGAUGGCAGAAGAAAUGAGAUGAACGGUCUCGAAAUGACAUCCACUUCAAAGAGAAGAUCACAAGUCUCAAUUAUGGCAUCCGAUAAAGAAGCGAAUUCAACACCUUAUAAACAAUACACAAGAGAUAGACUCUACAGUGGUGAAGAUUCUGAUUGCAAUAUGGAAAUUUCCAAAAUGGAAGAAAUCAAAUUCAGUAAAAUAUCAACACCCAAUAAUAAUACAAUUUCAUCACCAUUGGUAUCACCAAGUAAUAGUAGUAGUAAUUUAUCAAUGAACAGUAGUAUGAGCAGUAGUUUAGGCGAUUCAAAUGGAUUGAAUAAUUAUUAUAGAUUGAUAGACUAUUAUAUUGUUUGUGGUAUAAAUAGAUCAAUUGUAAUAGAUCAGAUUGAAAAGCCAUUCCAAGUAGAAAUAUUAGAGAGAUACCCAACACAGAAUCAUGAACAAGCAUUACCACCUCAUAUUUGGAUGUUUUGUUUUCCAAAUGGAUUAUAUAUUAAAGAUAAAAAAGAAGAACCAAGUUUAUCAACUUUUUGUUUAACAGAAUUGGAUGGAUCGAGAUUUUAUGCUGCAUCAUUGGUUUAUUAUCAACAAAUACCAUCUGAUCAUAUUGAUUAUAAAGAUAAAAAAGUAUUAUAUUCACCAGUUUCAAUUUGUUUAUUAUCAAGAUUUCCAUGUUAUUAUUUAUUACGAGAGUUACUUUGUUAUAUCUAUUCUAUUCCAAAGGAGCACCAUCACCGAUUUCCUUUUGAACGUUUGAUCUCCAAUGUUGUCAACGAUUUGCCACGCAUGAUCGCCGGUUAUGAAUUCACAUAUGUUGCACCACCAUUACAUUCCUACCCACUGAAGCCUUUCAAGUAUGGAAUUCCCUCGCAAUACAUGUUCCCACAGGUCGACGUCAACUUUGGUAUCAUCUUUAAUAUUCUUGGCACUCAGAACGUCCUCAAGAUAUUCUCACUGGCGCUACUCGAGCGACGUCUACUCUUUAUCAGUUCGAACCAAUCGCUUCUCACCAUUGCCUGUGAAUCAGUGUCGAACUUACUCUACCCAUUCUCAUGGCCACACGUCUACAUUCCAAUUCUCCCGAAUAUUCUUAUCGAUUUUCUUCAGGCACCGACACCACUCAUCGUCGGUAUGUACUACAACGAUAAACGUCCGUUCCAAAUGGACAACAACGAUAUCACAAUCGUCAAUCUCGAUCAACAGACAAUCACGAUUCCCUCGACAAUAACACCACCGACACUUCCCGAGCAACAAUGUACAAUACUUCAAAACCGUAUCCAAGAGAUACUCUAUCCCGACCUAUCAAACAUCAGCAUAGCAUUCCCACCUCCAACACCGGCACACCAACAACUCCCAAACCUGAACAACGAUGACAAGAUAAGAGCAGUAUUCCUAGAAUUCUUCCUUUCAUUCUUCUACGAUGUAAAUUCCUACCGAUAUCUACUUAGAAAGUAUCCUAAACCAAUCACAUCAUUCAACACUGCAUCCUUCUUAAUGAAACAUCAAGAUACUGAAGUAGUUAAUUUCUUAACAGAUUUAAUUGAAACAUCAGCUGUAACAACAUUUUUAGAUCAAACUCAAGAUAAUCUGUCAUUCUUUAAUUAUAUAUGUCAGUUAAAUCAAUUUGAGAAUUCACAAAGUAAAUUAGCUGCCGCAGCAGCAGCAACAGCAGCAGCAACAGCAACAACAGGAUUAACAAGUAGUAAUAGUAGUAAUAGUAGUAGUAGCUCCAGUGAGAAUGGAAAUAGUGUUGGUAGUGCAUCGACCUAUGUAUCAUUCUAUCAAACAAUAGUUACACAUAUUUCGAAAGUAAAGACUAAUCCUGAUUAUGAAUCAGUUGAAAUACCUGGUUUGGAUGACACGAAUGUUGACAAUGAGGGAAAACCUCUACAGCCAUCAUAUAGUUACACUGAUAUUCCAGAGAUGAGUGAGACUCUCUACUCUUUGAGAAUACCAUAUUCCAAACAACUAAACAAUUAUAAACCAAGAAGACCAUCAUCAUUAGCAAUGAAACCAUUAAAUCAAUCAACAAUCAAUAAUAAUAAUAAUGGUCAUAAUGAUAGUAGUAAUAAUAAUAGUAGUAGUAAUAAUAAUGGUAUAACAUUAUCAUCUUCACCAUCUAGUUUCAAUGGUGAUAGUAGUUUUAGACGUGGUUCAUUAUUAAAGAAUAUACCUCAAUCAACUAUUAUUUUGGCAAACUAUAGUGGUAGUAAUGGAAGUAACUCUAAUGGUGCUGCCAAUGCAAAUGGUAAUGAGGAUAACGAGGUAUUGAGAGAGUUUAUCGAUCGUUAUACAGAGGCGAUAUUCGAUGAUAACGAAGAGGUACCAAUCAACAUUGAACAACAAAAGCUGUUACUCGAUGUAUUUGCUAUUCGUAAGAGUAGAACUUACUUUGUAGAGUCACUGGCUGCUCAUUUCAACACAAAGAAACCGUUGUUAACAUUUGGAAAUUGGCGUCUAUUCCUCCUAGUAGAGAUCAUCAAGAAGGUAUUCAAUGAAUGUGAUCGAUCUGCUGACUUUAAGACUGCAUCUACACUAUUAAACAAAAUCAAAGAGUUUUACUAUCAAAACAAUAGUAAUCAAGAGCCAUUAUAUAAUCAUUUCAUAAAUUUAUCAUUAUGGAAGAAUAUACAUUUCUGGGAAUCAUCAUUCUUUGAUGCAGUUCAAUUACUGAGAAAAGAAAAGUUGACAUCAAAGUACAAUGAUUAUCAUUUGGAUAACUGGGAUAAUCAAACACCAGAGAAACAAAAGAUAAUGAUUGAGAAUGAAGAAGAUAUAUUGUUUACAUCGUUGUCUUCCUAUGCCUAUCAGAUGAUCAAACUCAAGGUAUCCCCAGUAGCAACCUCAAAGUUUAUCGGUAAGAUGUCGAUGCUCACCUCACUCAGCGAAGAACAUACACAGACACUGGUUGAACUCAUCGAUAAGAUACACAAAGCACAUACAAUGGAAGCACAAACCACUGGUUCAGUAGGUCCUCAUAUUGCAUUAUUAAAUAAUGUAGAUAGUUCAUUUAAUAAAUCAGAUAUUAAAUACUUUACAGCAUCUGUUAGAAGAAAUAUUGAAAUCGAAAAGGAUGGAGCUAAACAGAUCUAUACAAAACUUAUUGAAAGUACAAGAAAUACAAAGGUAGUAUAUCCAGAUAGACAUGAAAAACAUACACCUAAAGAUACAUUGGUUGAAACUGUAUCGGAGAGAAAAGAUGGAUAUACAGUAUUAACCUUGAAAGGUUCAAAAGCUGGUAUUUCAAGUAUGGCAAUACAUAAUAAUCCAAAGUCAAUUAUAACAGGUGAUCUAUCUGGUCAUAUAAUGAUUUGGAAUUAUGAAGAUGGUCAAUUCCAACAAAAGUUAACAAAUCAUAAAGAUAAUGUUACUUGUAUUGGUAUUGGUGAUUCAGAUGUGUUUGCAAGUGGAUCAAGAGAUAGAACAUUGAGAAUAUGGAAUCAUUCUAAUAGUGAAUGGAGAUGUGUUUCAACACUACAAGAGCAUACAGCAGAGAUAUCUUGUUUAGAGAUUAAGAGAAAUGUAAUUCUUACUGGUUCAUAUGAUUAUUCUGUUAUUCUAUGGGAUGUAAGAACCAAUAGAAAAAUAAAAGCUUUUAAUGGUCAUAAACAACAUAUUCUUUCGAUUGCACUGGGUGGUCUUGGUGGUGAUUCAAUGGCAGUAUCAACAUCGAGUGAUACCACCGCUCGUAUUUGGGAUUUGAGAACGAUGAAGUGUCUACAUGUCCUGAAUGGUCAUAACGAUUGGGUUGGUAAAGCCGUUCUCGAUGGCGAUCGUAACUUGUUCACUGCAUCCUAUGAUGGUCUAAUCAAGAUUUGGGAUAUUAACAGUGGAUCGCUCAAGAAGAAUCUCACCGGCCACAAAGGAAACAUCAGUUGUCUCACUUACAACCAUAACAACGGUGUUUUGUUGUCGGCCGGAGAAGACACUCUGAUUCGAGCAUGGGAUUUGAAGUCCGGUCAAGUUCAAAAGGUUUACAAGGGUCACAAGGAUGAAGUGAAAUCACUGCUCUACGAAGACGAUCUCAUUGUUAGUACGGCGAACGACCAGACCAUCAGAGUAUGGAAUGCAUCGACCACUAUGUGCAGCAAGGUGUUACGUGGACACAACGAUUGGGUGAGAACAUUGGCCGCGCCUAAACAUGCAUCGCUCAACCGUUUUGUUACCGCGGGAUUCGAUGCCACCGUUAAGAUCUGGGAGAUGGAUGCUGUAGUUGUAUCACCACCACCCGUCGUCAUAACACAUUCGCUCUCGGCAUCCUCAACUUUCAGUCACACCGGUGUCACCAAAGACAGCGCCAAACUAUCGUCGAAAUCAUUCAUAACCAGCAGUACUUCCAGUGGCAUUCCCAUACAACUCAGCUCAAGUGGUGAGAUAUCGAUUUCCGGUGGAGGUAAACACAAAAAGUCAUCGAAACAACACAAAAAGAAAGCAAGCUACGAUCCUAAUCUUCAUUCCAACAUGAGUAGUCUAAAUCUAAGCAAUCCAACUCCUACUUCUUCUUCCUCAAACAUUCAAACAAUUAAUAAUCAUAUUAGUAAUCUUGUUGGAAGUAAUCAUAUUCUUCCAAGUAGUAGUUUGAAUAGUUAUAGAGAUAGAGAUACAAGUAUAAGUAGUAUCAGUAGUAACAGCAGUAGUAGUGUUGGUGGUGGUGGUACAAGUAGAGAUAGAGAUAGUACAAGUAGUAUCAGUAGUAUUAGCAGUACAGGUAGUAACAAUAGUCAUCUUAGCAGUGGUGUUGGAAGUCUAACCAGUGGCGGAAGCAGCGCCAACUCACUACUGGUAUCGUCAAUGUUAUUGUCGACCUCGUCCACCUCAUCGUCGUCACUCUCGUCAUCACUCUCAUCGACACCAUCGACAGCACCCUCACCUGCAACCACACCACCCAAUGGAUGGCAAGUCUGCUCUCCUACCAACAGAGAACGUAAAGCAUUCGAUAGUAGAUAA